GAGAGUUUCUCUCUCUUCCCCGCCAAAAAACCUCUCCAUCAACAGCAUCCACAGAAGGAUUCAACGGCUCCGAAAACGUAGGUUUUUCAAUGUCGCUCUUCUCCACUAACCCUUUCUCACUCCUACACUCACCCUUUCACCGAUCAAAACCCAAAAAAAAGAAAAAACAUUAAAAAAAAUUAAAUUAAAAAAUAUACACUCAGAUCGCUGGAGAUUUUGCUUAUGUGUUCUCUGCCCCGUUUUAAGAUACCCCCAAUUCGACCGAAACAUAUUAUUCGUGCCGCAGAUUUUGGAAAUUGUGUUCGAAACUGUGAUCACGAAUUUGGGUUCCUGAAAUAAGAUGGGCAACCCACCCAAAGUAUAUGAAGGUUCUCACAUUUGGGUUGAGGAUCCGGAGGUUGUUUGGAUUGAUGGGAAAGUGGUAAAGAUUAAUGGGGACGAAGUUGAAGUUCAAACAUCUGAUGAAAGGACGCUUACUGCUAGCAUAUCCAAAACAUACCCGAAAGAUGAAGAUGAUCCUGCUGAGGGAUUCGACGACAUGACCCAACUUUCGUAUAUGAAUGAACCUGCAGUUCUGCAUAACUUGGAUAUGAGAUACCAGGUCAAUAAAAUUUAUACUUAUAGUGGGGGAAUUCUUAUUGCUGUUAACCCGUUUCAAAGACUUCCCGACUUAUACGAUGGACAGAUGAUGGAACGAUACCACAGAGCAUCAUUUGGUGAACUGAGUCCACAUGUAUAUGCGAUUGGAGAGGCUGCCUUCAGGGAAAUGAUGAUUGAGGGAAAAAGUAACUCAAUACUGGUAAGUGGAGAAAGUGGUGCCGGUAAGACUGAAACUACUAAGAUGCUUAUGCAAUAUCUUGCUUAUUUGGGUGGCCAUAAAGGAGGCGAAGAGAGAUCAGUAGAACAGCAAGUUCUCGAGUCAAAUCCAGUCCUUGAAGCAUUUGGAAAUGCCAAGACUGUCAGAAAUGACAAUUCUAGCCGAUUCGGUAAAUUUGUUGAAAUCCAGUUCGAUCAUCAUGCAAAAAUAUCAGGGGCAGCCAUCAGAACAUAUCUUCUUGAGAGAUCUCGUGUCUGCCAAAUUUCAGAUCCUGAGCGCAAUUACCACUGUUUUUACCUUUUGUGUGCAGCACAUGAGGAGGAAAUUAAGAAGUAUAAGCUGGGACAUCCACAGACAUUUCACUACUUAAACCAAUCUACUUGCUUUGAACUAGAUGAUGUGGAUGAUGCUCAUGAUUAUUUGGCAACAAGGAAGGCAAUGGAUGUUGUUGGAAUCAGUCAAGAAGAGCAGGAAUCAAUCUUCAGAAUUGUUGCAUCUAUUCUCCAUCUUGGUAAUGUUAGAUUCGCCAAGGGGGAAGAGAUUGAUUCAUCUGUCCUCGAGGAUGAGAAAUCAAAGUUCCAUCUCCAGACUGCAGCAGAGCUAUUAAUGUGCGAUUCUGAAGCUCUGGAAGAUGCAUUAUUGAGGCGUGUGAUGGUCACUCCAGAAGAAGUUAUCAAAAGAUGUCUUGAUCCUGAUGGUGCAAUAGUUAGUAGGGAUGGAUUAGCUAAGACGAUUUAUUCUCGCUUGUUUAACUGGUUGGUGGAAAAAAUAAAUUUAUCCAUCGGGCAAGAUCCAUCUUCGAAAAGUCUGAUUGGAAUCCUUGACAUUUAUGGAUUUGAAAGUUUUAAAACUAAUAGUUUCGAACAAUUUUGCAUUAAUUUUACCAAUGAAAAGCUACAACAACAUUUUAAUCAGCAUGUUUUUAAGAUGGAGCAGGAGGAAUACACCAAAGAAGAGAUUGCCUGGAGCUACAUAGACUUCGUGGAUAACCAAGAUGUUCUAGAUCUUAUAGAGAAGAAACCUGGAGGAAUCAUUUCUCUUCUUGAUGAGGCCUGUAUGUUCCCAAAGUCCACACCUGAAACAUUUGCAGAAAAGCUUUAUCAGAUAUUUAAAACCAACAAACGUUUCAUCAAACCGAAAUUGUCACGUACUGAUUUCUCAAUUGCUCAUUAUGCUGGAGAGGUUCAAUACCAAUGUGAUCAGUUUUUGGACAAAAACAAAGACUAUGUCGUCGCCGAACAUCAGGACCUGCUAACUGCUUCGAAAUGCCCAUUUGUAGUAGAACUGUUUCCUCCAAUUCCUGAAGAGACAACCAAAUCUUCAAACAAGUCUUCUAAAUUUUCAUCAAUAGGUUCUCGCUUUAAGUCUCAACUCCAACAAUUGAUGGAGACACUGAAUUCCACAGAACCUCACUACAUUAGAUGCGUGAAACCUAAUACCCUUUUCAAGCCUUGUAUUUUUCAAAAGGAAGAUGUCAUGCAGCAACUUCGUUGUGGUGGUGUUUUAGAGUCAAUUAAAAUUAAUUUAUCCGGUUAUCCUACUCAUAAGACAUUUGAUGAAUUUUUUCAUCGGUUUUCUACUCUGGUGCCAGAGUUGGAAGGAGAGAUUGAUACAAAAGAUGCAUCCAAAAGGAUUUUAGAGAAGAUGGGCAUUGAUGGAGCUCAGAUAGGAAAAACUAAGAUCUUCCUCAGAGCUGGUCAGUUGGCUACUUUAGAUGCUCACAGCGCAUUAAAAUUAGGUGAUGCAGCAAAGGUGAUACAAAGAAAGACUAAAACUCAUAGGGCCCGACAAAACUAUUCUUCCACGGUCAAGGCAGCGGUUGUACUUCAAUCUAUAUGCAGAGGAAUGCUUGCUUUCAAUUUUUACCAAGUUGUAAGAAAGGAUGCAGCUGCUCUUAAAAUCCAAACAGAUUGGAGAUGGCAUAAAUUCAAUCAGAACUACAACAGACUCAAGAGAGCAACUAUUUCACUGCAAGCAAUAAUAAGAGCAAUGGCUGCACGGAAGCAGUAUGAUUUCUCAAUACAAACCAAAACAGCGACUGUUAUACAGUCCCGGUGGCGCGGCCAUAAGGCUUUUUCACAAGCUAGGCGAGCCAUAAGGGCAACGGUUUUUAUCCAAAGUGGAUGGAGGAGAGUGUCAGCUACAAGAGAGCUUCGACAACUGAAAGUGGCUUCAAGAGAAACAAGCGCACUUCAGGAAGCAAAGAGUAAGCUUGAAAAGCUAGUGGAUGAACUGAGAUCACAGUUACAGACGGAAAGACAUAUGCGAGCUGCCUUGGAGAAAAAGCUGGAACAGUCAUUGGAAGUAAUGCAAAGCCAAGGCGAUAAAACAAAUAGUCUUCUUGAAGAUGAAGCUGCAAGAGCUAGCAAGCUUGAGGGCGAAGCUGCUCAUAUCGCAAGUGAUGCUGCUCGCAUCGCAAUCGAUGAAGCCUUCUCAAUCAUGAAGGAGAGAGGGGUUCCAAUUGAAGAAGGAUUAGGAAUGACUGAGGAUUCAAAUUCUGAUGUGGAAAGAUUGAAGGGAUUGUUAAAAUCUGAAAAGAAACGGGCUGAUGAUAUGGAAAGACGGUAUACUGAAGCUAUGGAAUCAGUUGACGGAAAGCGGAUGAAGUUAGAAGAAACCGAAAGAAGAGUUCACCAACUUCAGGAAUCACUGAAUAGGAUGAUGUACAGCAUCUCUGGUCAAUUCUCAGAGCUACAAAUGGUAUUAUGUGCAUCUACAUCAAGUUCAGCUUUGGGGAUCGUGACUAAGGAUGAAAAAGGUGAUAGUUCUUCCACCUCUUCAGAAACGACAUCUUCCGACUCUGAUUUCACAUUCCCAGCCCCUGCUUCAACUCCAGCAGACUUUUCUUCUGCCAAUUCUAGUGCACUUCAGCUCAUUGUUCAGGAUCUUUCAGCAGCUGAGGUUUCAGGAUCUGGAAAGUGGAAAAAUGAUCGGGAGGGGGCAUUCGAUGACUUUUUCUGAUGGAAGUUGUUCUGUCAGUGUGUUGUGUCUAUAUCUUCCCUAGUUAGAAAUUAGUUGGGCUAGAUUUUAACAAUUUGAUAUGUCACAGCAGAUACCGCAAUUAACACGGAACACCACCCACUUGUUGUACUGACACAUCACACAUGUAUAUAAAGAAAAUUUAACAUCACAUUUA